AUGUCACAGAAGGUGGGAGCAAUUGGUGGUAACUAUGGAGUAGCAUUCGACGAUGGUGUUUUUGACGGCGUGAAGAAAAUAACUGUCGGAAAAGACCUUGGCUGUGUGUCAUAUAUUAAGAUCGAAUACGAAAAGGACGGGAAAUCUGAAACCCGUGAGCAUGGAACGAUUCGUGGGGAGCUAACAGAGUUUGCGGUGGAAUAUCCGAAUGAAUAUAUCACAUCCGUUGCUGGAACCUACGAUCAUGUUAGAUACUAUGAAUCAGUCCUGGUCAAAUCGCUAAUAUUUAGAACCUCAUAUAGAAGAACAUCUCCGGCACUCGGAGGAGAUUCAGCUGGGAAACAAUUCAUGCUGGAGGGUAAAACUGGAGGAAGGCUUCUUGGAUUCCAUGGACGCUCUGGUCAAGCUCUUGAUUCCAUUGGAGCUUACUUCUUCGCUCCAAAUCCUCCUCUUAGGCACUUUAACCGCGAAGGUGGGAAUGGAGGGAGUGCAUGGGACGAUGGUGCUUACGAUGGUGUUAGAAAAAUACUCGUUGGACGAGGUGGUAAGUUUGUGAGUUAUGUUAGGUUUGAGUAUGCAAGAGGCGAAAGAAUGGUACCACAUGCUCAUGGGAAGAGACAAGAGGCUCCACAAGAGAAAAUAACCGUUGGAGCAGAUGAAUUCAGUAUAACUUAUAUCAAGAUCGAAUACGAAAAAGACGGAAAAGUCGAAAUUCGUGAACACGGGACGAAUCGUGGGGAGCUAAAAGAGUUUUCGGUGAAUUAUCCGAAUGACUAUAUCAUAGCAGUUGGUGGAAGCUACAAUCAUAUUUUCAACUAUGAUACAACGCUUAUCACAUCGCUAUACUUCACAACUUCCAGAGGAUUUACCUCUCCAUUAUUCGGUGAGAUGGCUGGAACAGAAUUCAAUCUAAAAGGUGAAAAUGGAGCAAAGCUUCUUGGAUUCCAUGGACGUGGUGGUUAUGCUAUUGAUGCCAUUGGAGCUUUCUUUGAGACCCGUAGACCCCUAAAGUUGUCGGUAAAGAUUGGACCAAUCGGUGGUACCAAGGGAAACACAUUCGACGAUGGUGUGUUCGAUGGUGUGAAGAAAGUAACUGUGGGUAAAGAUGAGUACAGUGUAACUUAUAUCAAGAUCGAAUACGCAAAUGGCGGAAAAUUCGAAACUCGUGAACAUGGGACGGCUCGAGGGGAACUAAAAGAGUUUUCGGUGGAUUAUCCUAAUGAAUAUAUCAUUGCCGUUGGUGGGAGCUACAAUCAUAUUUUCAACUAUGAUACAACGCUUAUAACAUCGUUAUUCUUCAAAACCUCCAAAGGAUUUACCUCUCCGUUAUUCGGUGAGAUGGCUGGAACAGAAUUCAAUCUCGAAGGUCAAAAUGGAGGACAGCUUAUUGGAUUCCAUGGACGUGGUGGUUAUGCUAUUGAUGCCAUUGGGGCUCACUUUGAAAAGUUGUCGUCGUUAAAGAUUGGACCAGUCGGUGGUAAUAAGGGAAACACAUUCGACGAUGGUGUUUUUGAUGGUGUGAAGAAAAUUACUGUUACAGCAGAUGAGUACAGUGUAACUUAUAUCAAGAUCGAAUACGCAAAUGACGGAAAAUUCGAAACUCGUGAACAUGGGACGGCUCGCGGGGAACUAAAAGAGUUUUCGGUGAAUUAUCCGAAUGAUAAUAUCACUGCCGUUGGUGGGAGCUACAAUCAUAUUUUCAACUAUGAUACAACGCUUAUCACAUCGUUAUUCUUCAAAACCUCCAGAGGAUUCACCUCUCCGUUAUUCGGUGAGAUGGCUGGAACAGAAUUCACGCUUGAAGGUAAAAAUGGAGGAAAGCUUCUUGGGUUCCAUGGACGUGGUGGUGGUGCUAUUGAUGCCAUUGGGGCUCACUUUCAGAUAGUUUCGGGUUGA